AUGUCAGAGCCCAACAGCCCGGGCGAGAGCCGGCGUGGCGCUCCCAGAUUCUUCGUGGGCUGCGAGGACGAUGAGAGCGAGGCCCUGGAGGACAGCAUGAGGACAGACAUGGACCUGUAUGAGGACGACGAAGACACAGACUCGCCUCCGGAGCAACAGAUCGAGGUGGGGAUCUGCUGCAUGAUGAAGAAGUCCAAGUCCAAGCCCAUGACCCAGAUCCUGGAGAGGCUGUGCAGGUUCGAGUACAUCACUGUGGUCAUCUUCCCAGAGGACGUGAUCCUCAACGAGUCCGUGGACAAGUGGCCUCUGUGCGACUGCCUCAUCUCCUUCCACUCUAAAGGCUUCCCACUGGACAAGGCCGUGAGCUACGCCAAACUUAGAAAUCCUCUGCUCAUCAACGACCUGAACAUGCAGUACUACAUUCAGGACAGGAGGGAGGUGUAUCGCAUCCUGCAGGAGGAAGGGAUCGACCUGCCACGCUAUGCCGUGCUGAACCGUGACCCAGAUAAACCAGAUGAAUGCAACCUGGUGGAAGGAGAGGACCACGUGGAGGUGAACGGAGAGAUCUUCCAGAAGCCUUUCGUUGAGAAGCCCGUCUGUGCCGAGGACCACAACGUCUACAUCUACUACCCCACGUCUGCUGGUGGUGGCAGCCAGCGUCUCUUCAGAAAGAUUGGGAGUCGGAGCAGCGUGUACUCACCGGAGAGCUGUGUGAGGAAGACGGGCUCGUACAUCUAUGAAGAGUUCAUGCCAACAGAUGGAACUGACGUCAAGGUUUACACAGUGGGACCGGACUACGCUCAUGCUGAGGCCCGGAAGUCUCCGGCUCUGGACGGGAAGGUGGAGCGAGACAGCGAAGGCAAGGAGGUGCGCUACCCCGUCAUGCUCUCAGCCAUGGAGAAACUGGUGGCCCGCAAGGUCUGCCUGGCGUUUAAGCAAACGGUCUGUGGCUUCGACCUCCUCAGAGCCAACGGACACUCGUAUGUGUGCGACGUCAACGGCUUCAGUUUCGUGAAGAACUCCAUGAAGUACUAUGACGACUGUGCCAAGAUCCUGGGGAACAUUGUGAUGCGUGAGCUGGCUCCUCAGUUUCAGAUCCCCUGGUCCAUCCCGACUGAGGCCGAGGACAUCCCCAUCGUCCCCACCACUUCAGGGACCAUGAUGGAGCUGCGCUGUGUCAUCGCCAUCAUCCGACACGGAGACAGGACGCCUAAACAGAAGAUGAAGAUGGAAGUCCGUAACCCCAUGUUCUUCGAUCUGUUUGAUAAAUAUGGAGGCUACAAGACGGGGAAACUGAAGCUGAAGAAACCCAAACAACUGCAGGAGGUGCUGGACAUCACACGGCAGCUGCUAGCAGAACUAGGACAACACACUGACUGUGAGAUAGAGGAGAAGAAGUCCAAACUGGAGCAGCUGAAGACUGUUCUGGAAAUGUACGGUCACUUCUCUGGCAUCAACAGAAAAGUGCAGUUAACGUACCUGCCACACGGGCAGCCCAAGACCUCCAGUGAGGAGGAAGACACGCGUAAGGAAGCUCCGUCUCUGCUGCUGGUGCUGAAGUGGGGGGGGGAGCUGACUCCUGCUGGACGAGUUCAGGCCGAGGAGCUGGGAAGAGCCUUCCGCUGCAUGUACCCCGGAGGUCAAGGAGACUACGCUGGAUUUCCCGGCUGCGGGUUGCUGCGUCUGCACAGCACCUACAGACAUGACCUGAAGAUCUACGCCUCCGAUGAAGGACGCGUGCAGAUGACGGCCGCAGCUUUCGCUAAGGGUUUGCUGGCGCUGGAGGGGGAGCUGACCCCCAUCCUGGUGCAGAUGGUGAAGAGCGCCAACAUGAACGGGCUGCUGGACAACGACAGCGACUCGCUGAGCAGCUGCCAGCACCGGGUCAAGGCCCGGCUCCACGACAUUCUCCAGAAGGACCGGGUCUUCAUCGAUGAAGACUACGAUCGGCUGGCACCGAACUGCAGCGCCUCUUUGGUGAACUCGAUGAAGAUCGUCCAGAACCCGGUGUUCACAUGUGACCAGGUCUACGCCCUGAUUCAGAAUCUCACUUCUCAGAUCCGCAAAAGAAUGGAGGACCCCAAGUCCGCCGACCUGCAGCUGUACCACAGUGAGACACUGGAGCUGAUGCUGCAGCGCUGGUCCAAACUCGAGAGAGACUUCCGCAUGAAGAACGGCCGCUACGACAUCAGUAAAAUCCCAGAUAUCUAUGACUGUGUGAAGUAUGACGUGAUCCACAACGCCACCCUGGGCCUGGAGGACACGCUGGAGCUGUUCCGACUGUCCCGGGCUUUGGCCGACAUCGUCAUCCCACAGGAAUAUGGCAUAAAUAAAGGGGAGAAAUUGGACAUAGCGUACGCCUACUGCCUCCCACUGGUCAGGAAGAUCCUGCUGGACCUGCAGAGGACCCACGAGGACGAGUCUGUCAACAAACUACAUCCUCUGUACUCUCGAGGAGUGAUGUCCCCUGGACGCCACGUCAGGACACGUCUGUACUUCACCAGUGAAAGUCACGUCCACUCUCUGCUCAGCAUCCUCCGCUACGGUGGCCUGCUGGAUGAGGAGAAGGACCAGCAGUGGAAGCGUGCCAUGGAUUACCUCAGUGCUGUGUCUGAACUCAACUAUAUGACCCAGUUAGUCAUCAUGUUGUAUGAGGACAACAAUAAGGACCUGACCUCUGAGGAGCGGUUCCACGUGGAGCUCCACUUCAGCCCGGGGGUGAAGGGCGUGGAGGAGGAGGAGAACGCUCCCACCGGCUUCGGCUUCAGGCCCGCUUCUGCAGAGGUAGCCCGGCAGAACGGCCAGAAGCAGCCGGACCCCGGCAGCCUGGAGGACCUGACCCGGGACGAGACGGACCGAGCUGUCCCGCUGUCCGAGCCCAUCGCCAUUCAGAGGAAGUCCCCGCUCAUAAGGAACCACAAGACCGGAUCCAUGGAGGUCCUGUCGGAAACAUCCUCCUCCAAAGUGGGCAGCUACCGGCUCUUCUCCUUCUGCUCGCGUCAGUCGCCCGAGAUGAAACAAAGUGGACUAGGCUCUCAGUGCGCCGGCCUCUUCAGCACCACCGUCCUAGGUGGGUCCUCUAGCGCCCCUAACCUGCAGGACUACGCACGUGCACACCGCAAAAAAUUCUCCAGCGGCAGUCUGUCCUACAAAGACGAGUUGUUGUCUAUGCCGGCAGUAAAACGAUUUUCUGUGUCGUUUGCAAAGUAUCCGACUAAUGGAACACAAGACGACACGUCCACCAUAGCAGUGGCUCCACCUCUGUGGUGCAGUGCGACAGAGCCCUUUGAGGAGCACCAUGUGGCCCAGUUAUUGAGGCCUUUCUUCACCGACCCCAGCUUGAGCCGCCACCUCUCUCUGGACGGGGCGCUGGCCCACCACCUCCACCAGUGCUCCUACCACCUCCGCCUCUUCAGAAACUGGCUGAUCUCCGGCCAGGAGCCCCUAGAGUACCUCUACGGCUUUGAAGGCUGCUCCAUGGUGCCCUCCAUCUAUCCUCUGGAGACACUGCACAACUCCCUGUCGCUCAAACAGGUGGACGAGUUCCUCACCGGAGUGUGUGAGAGAGCCGGGGACCCGCACACCAGGACCACCAGAGCUCUGUCGGCCAUGUUCGAUACCCACAACCAGCCGUCAGUGGACUCGUUCAUCCCCCAGAGAGUCCUGUCCUCCUCCAUCUCCCUCAGGUCCCGCUCGGACAGACCUCCUUGGUACAGCAGCGGUCCGUCCAGCACGGUGUCCAGCGCUGGGCCGUCCUCUCCCACCACAGCUGACACGUCCCCACGCUUCAGCUUCAGUGAUAAGAUCUCCCUGACCUCUCAGAGCAGCGAGGAAACCCACUCGUCUCAGAACAUGGCCUCUCAGCCAGCGCCUCCCGUGGGGGCCCUGGACCCAGCUGGACCUGCAGCGUCUCACCCCGCUGGAGUCCCACUGACUCCAAACAACUCCCCAGAGGACGAGGACGCCACUGGUCUCCAGUCAGAUCCUCCUGAGGACGGACCAGCCUCAGUGGAACUAUCGGACCCUGACCUGAGGCCGGCCUGCUCUGCUCUAGCUGAGCUGGCUCUGGGUCGGAUGGAGGGCUACUGCCUCCCCAGCUCUCUGCCGGUGCUCCUGGAGCUCAGAGAGAGCAGCAGUGAGGCGGGCUCCAGCUCCCAGACGCCUCAGUCCCCUGAGGGCCCGGACGAGUUCUUUGACACCCAGGAGUCCAUGGAGUUGUGGAUGGACAGUCCAGAGAGCCCCCCCCCGCCGGACACGCCUCUGGAGGCUGGAGCCACUCACCCAGCUGAGCCGUAGAGCGUCUGACCUGGUUUAGUCUGUAGCUUUACUGGCUUCACCAUGGUUGUCAAUCAUUAUCCAACCAGCCCCCCCCCCCUCGAGCUUGACCGAGCUGUGCAGCUGUGUUGGACAAUCAUAAGAUGAUGUCAUAUUGUCCGUUGCCUUUCACUGAGCCAAUCCCCCGGCUCAGUCCGUCUGUCCCUGUCCGUCUCCUCAAAGCUGCAGUCAUCACUCUCUGGCCACUAGGGGGCAGAACAACUGACCCAGUUGUGUCUGUGAUUUUGUUUCAUCAUCCACCCGAUGAACGUGGAUCCAGAGUUUCCUCUGUUCACCGGCUCGGCGCUAAUGUCCGAUGUCAGGAAAUCGAUUUUCCACGUUUCCACAUCUGAUCAGUUUUUAAUUGACCAUAAAUAUAUUGAUUAAUGGAGCUUUGAACUGUCAGCUCUCCAACCUGCAGCAGAGGGACCAUGUGUGAUGUCACCUCGUGAUGAUGUCACCUCGUGAUGAUGUCACCUCAUCGUAGACACACAAACACAAACGUUCUACGUGUUUGUUACAGGAAAAAGUGAAAAAACAAUGGAUGAGUCUUCAUCAUCAGAACCGGAGUCUUCAUCACUAACGUGUGGAGGUUUCAAGUGUGUCUCUCCAGGUCAAAGUGUGUGUGUCUCCAGGUCAAAGUGUGUGCGUCUCCAGGUCAAAGUGUGUGUGUCUCCAGGUCAAAGUGUGUGUGUCUCCAGGUCAAAGUGUGUGUGUCUCUCCAGGUCAAAGUGUGUGCGUCUCCAGGUCAAAGUGUGUGUGUCUCCAGGUCAAAGUGUGUGUGUCUCUCCAGGUCAAAGUGUGUGUGCACUGCUUACUGCCAAAGUCCUUAAGCCUCCAAGAUUUAAUAUAAUCAGUAGAGAAAGAUGUAGAAGAUAUUUAUUUUGAAACUGCAGCUUGAAGAGAAAUAUCUGGUAUUUUUAAUAGCUUCACAUUAGAUAUUUAAUAUUACCAUAGCUAGUGUAUAUUCUCUGUGAAAUCGCCUCAUGUGGGGACAAAAGUCUAAAAUCCUUUUAUCACUGAACAAACAGGAGGUGCAUUUUACAUUCAGUGCUUUUAUUGUGGCGAGCAGUGAUGUAGCGGGGGUGGGUUCAUGUUACAUUGUGAUGUUCAGACGUGUAAAACACACAACUGUGAGUCUGACGUGUCUGUGUACAGAUUAAAAUCAUGACACCACACA